CGAUGAGGGUAUGGUUGGUGCGUGAUAAAUAGCAACCUCAAGUAUAUAUAGGUUUUGGAGGAUUGGGUUGGUUGGGUCGGUGGAGGGUGACGGCCUUCUGUCCGCGGUAGGGGACGGGGAGGGAAAGGUUAUGCCCCGACGUAGAGAGGCUCUGCACUCUCGUGAUCCUGUGGGCUUAACAUUUACACUUCAUACAUGGAGCAAAUCCCUUGUCAGUCAGCCCUUUGCCUCUGCCAACUCUUUUUAUUUCAAGAUGCUCUUGGUUGGCGGUUUCUUUCUCUUGGAGAUUUCCUUGUCUCUUUUGUCAACUAUACUUAGUGGCGAGCUCCUGUUCCAUAUCUGCGAAGGUAUUCUGUUCCAGUGUACCUGCAUAACUUCUGUUUGAAUUAAAUCUGGGAUCUUAAGUGAUUGACUUUGAAGAAAUAAUCGGUGGGGAUUGAUGUUUGCAGUUCCCCUUCAUCCUUGCGAGUAGACAUUUCACUUGCUUCCUCUAAUUCAGAACUGGUGCAUAUUUGCUGUUUCUUUCACUUGGGUUUCAAAUAAAGCAAUGCAUUUACUAGCGAGAGAUUGAUUCCAGACUUAUAUGAAGGAAGGCAGAAAAAGCUUCUUUGAGCUUGAGUUGUUUUCACACUUUUGGGCAAUCACAUUUUUCAUUUUAUGUGAUCAACAUGAACUGCAGUAGGUCAUCUGUGACUUUGUUCAAGGUAGAAAGUGGUUCUCAAGUGCUUUAUAUCGCAAUUUGCUGAAAGACAAGGUUCCUGCAGAUGGCCAUCGCUUUGACAUGGUUACAGGACCUAUUACCUUUCAGCAUUGGAUCUCUGCUGAAGCCUGUCUAAGUAAAGUAAAUUACAUAGAACUAUUUUCUUAAAGCAUAGUCAUUUUGUUGGUUCAUCAUAGUUCUUGUAUUAGAGAUCUGUCAAAUAAAGACUUGGAGAUUAUACUAGCUUCAGCAGCUGAAAACAAUGGAAAAGUACAAGCUAAUUAAGGAAGUUGGUGAUGGAACUUUUGGAACUGUUUGGCGUGCUAUAAAUAAGCAGAGUGGGGAAGUUGUUGCAAUUAAGAAAAUGAAGAGAAAAUACUAUUCAUGGGAGGAAUGUGUGAAUCUUCGGGAAGUGAAGUCUCUGCGACGGAUGAACCAUCCUAACAUUGUGAAGCUUAAGGAGGUCAUAAGAGAGAAUGAUAUGUUGUACUUAGUAUUUGAGUACAUGGAAUGCAACCUUUACCAGAUUAUGAAAGACAAAAGCAAGGGUUUCUCAGAGUCUGAAAUUCGUAAUUGGUACUUUCAAAUAUUUCAAGCCCUUGCUUACAUGCAUCAGCGAGGCUAUUUUCAUCGUGACCUUAAGCCUGAUCUGCUACCUAUUUCAGAGAACUUAUUGGUCACUAAGGACAUUAUAAAGAUAGCAGAUUUUGGCCUUGCUCGGGAGGUUUCUUCACAGCCACCAUACACUGAAUAUGUUUCAACCCGUUGGUACCGAGCUCCUGAAGUUUUGCUGCAGUCAUCUAUUUACGAUGCUGCAGUUGAUAUGUGGGCAAUGGGUGCUAUCAUGGCUGAGCUAUUUACACUUUGUCCUCUUUUUCCUGGCUCAAGUGAAGCAGAUGAGAUCUACAAGAUCUGUAGUGUUAUUGGUAAUCCAAAUGAGAACUCUUGGGCAGAAGGCUUGCAACUUGCAGAUGUUUUGAAAUAUCAGUUCCCUCAGUGUUCUGCUGUACAAUUAGAAGCACUAAUUCCAUCAGCCAGCAAAGAAGCAGUUAACCUAAUUAAGGCACUUUGUUCCUGGGAUCCCUGCAGGAGGCCAAAAGCAACUGAAGCCCUUCAGCAUCCUUUCUUCAAAGCAUGCCUUCGUAUUCAUCCGUCUUUCCAUUCAAGACUGGCAGGAUUGUCACAUACACCCCCUGUGGGGAAUAAAGGAGCUUUGGGGCAGAACGGUACUAGAAGAUAUUCAACUGGACCACUGUCUGUCACAAGAUCAGCAAAUAAUUUUAUUUCAACAAAAGCAAAUGGUUCUCUGAGGGCUGUUACAGGCGUGCAGAGGAAACUGGAGAUGAAUGAUAAGGAACUCGAGAAAAACGGAAGAUCCCUGGGGAACAAUCUGAGACAAUCUCGAUAUAAGCCUCCAGCAAGAAACAAUACAGCAGGAUAUUUGGCAGUAAAAUCUCAGAAGAUUGUCGACGUACCAGGUAAGAUGCCAUGCACCAAAAUUGCUGAGAAACUGUCACAUAUGUCACUGGAUUCUGGUAUACAGAAGGCAGGUAAACCACCACCACAUGAGACCCCUGGUAGGAGGUAUUCGAAGAAGUUUUAGGCUGAAGUCCAUCAUGAUCGCUUUUUAAAGGUUUUGAAGUAAUAAACUGUUACUUUGGCUUGUUUUUAUAUGCACCAAAAUGUUAUCCGGUGUGGUCGUUGAUGCCGAGCUUGGUUUAUACGAAUCCAUGUUAUUUGAAAUUAUUGGCUCAUUAGAGGAGUGUUAAUUCCCAACUUGGUCGGUUUGAUUGUAAGUGCUUUCACCUACAUGAAAUGUUUGAUAUAGCAUAGUAGAAAAUCCUUACUUUAUUA